AUGAGUAGAGGAAGUGUAGGAAUAGUGGGUGCAGGUCUAGUUGGCAGUUUGGCUGCUUUAACAUUUUUGACUAAAGGAUUUGAAGUGACUCUUUAUGAGGCUAGACCAGAUCCUAGAACCACCAAUAAAGAUCGGAAUUUAAGAUCCAUUAACCUUGCAGUCAGUAGUCGUGGACUUGAGGCGUUGAAAUAUGUUGGUGAGGAGUUGGAGAAACGGAUUUUGGAAGAAGUGAUUCCAAUGAAAGGACGGAUGAUUCAUGAUGUGAAGGGCAACCAAGAGUCACAGAUCUAUGGACUUUUCGGUGAAGCCAUUAACUCAAUUGAUAGAGCUUAUUUGAAUGAUUUGUUGUUGGAAGAAUUGGUGAAGAAGGGAGUGCAAGUUCACUUCAACCAUAAGCUCAUUAAAGUUGAUACCACUGGUGAUAAACAAAAGAUAAGUUUUAUCAAUUCAGAUACUGCAGCAGCAGAAGCAACUGAACCAGUUGAAGUAACUGGAAGCUUCGAUUAUAUCAUUGGUGCUGAUGGUGCACAUUCACAAUUCCGAUACCAACUUCAAAGGUCUAUGAGAAUGAGUAUUUCCCAGAACUACAUUGAUAUGCAAUAUAUCGAAUUGUAUAUCCCACCUAAUAUUAGUGAAGGCUCCUCGCUGGUAAAGUCCAAGUUCUCAAUUGAUCCAAACCAUUUACAUAUAUGGCCUAGACACAAUUUUAUGUUGAUUGCAUUGGCCAAUAAAGAUGGCUCAUUCACAUCAACAUUUUUUCUGCCUUGGGAAACUAUAGAAGCCAUUAAAUCACCCCAGGAGUUUUUGGAGUUCUUUGAAACGAACUUUCCUGAUGCUACGAGUCUUAUAGGAGGUGAAAACUUGAAGGAAGCUUAUCGUUCACAUCCCAGAGGUUCUUUAAUGCAAAUCAGUGCUUAUCCGUAUCAUCAUCCUAAUGGGAAGGCCAUAAUCAUUGGGGAUGCUGCCCAUCUGAUGGUUCCCUUUUAUGGACAAGGAAUGAACUGUGGAUUUGAAGACGUUAGGGUUCUUAUGCAAAUGAUUGAAACCAAUGAUUUCAAUGUGGAAAAAUCAUUUGAACAAUAUUCUUUGGAAAGAAAGAAAGAUUUGGAUUGUAUUUGUGAUUUGGCCAUGGCAAACUUUAAGGAAAUGUCAUCAAAAGUAGUUGAUCCCUUCUAUUUGCUUAGAAAGAAAUUGGACUAUGUAUUGGGCAAAUAUUUCAAUGGAGUCUUAUCCUUCCAAUGGAUCCCUCUUUAUACUAUGAUUUCAUUUAGAGCAGAUAUUUCUUAUUCUAAGGCCAUUGCCAUAGAAAAAAGGCAGAAAAAAAUCUUGAAAAGAGUCGAAUAUUUGACUAUUGGUUCCAUUUUAACCAUUGGUCUAAUCCAAGCUGCCAAAACAUAUAAUAGGCUAAAAAGAGAUUAA